GCAAUUUCCUGUUGAAAUCUCUACUUCCGCUCAGCCUCGCAUUGGUCUUUCUUUCCCUCUGCUCCGCCGUGCGCCAUCAUGGGUCGUAUGCACGCUCCCGGAAAGGGCUUGUCCCAGUCUGCGCUCCCCUACAGGCGCAGUGUGCCAACUUGGCUUAAACUGACCUCCGAUGAUGUAAAGGAGCAGAUCUUCAAAUUGGCCAAGAAAGGUCUGACCCCCUCACAGAUUGGUGUGAUCCUCAGGGAUUCCCAUGGUGUGGCCCAGGUGCGUUUUGUCACCGGCAACAAGAUCCUGAGGAUCCUGAAGUCCAAGGGUCUGGCCCCUGACCUGCCCGAGGAUCUCUACCACCUGAUCAAGAAGGCUGUCGCAGUCAGGAAGCACUUGGAGAGGAACAGGAAGGAUAAGGAUGCCAAGUUCCGUCUGAUUCUCGUUGAGAGCAGAAUCCACAGGCUUGCCCGUUACUACAAGACCAAGAGGGUGCUUCCUCCCAACUGGAAGUACGAGUCCUCAACAGCAUCUGCUCUGGUGGCAUAAACGCAUCUUUUUUUUGCUAAAAAAAUAAAAGGAUAUCUGUUGGA